GCGCUGCGCGGGGCGCGCGGCGCGCGGCGAGACCCGGCCACCACCUCCCUGGGCGCCCCGCUUUGCCCUCGAUCGGAGCGGCGCGGGGCCGCGAAGCCGGAGCCAUGCAGUCGGAAUCGGGGAUCGUGCCGGAUUUCGAAGUCGGGGAGGAGUUUCACGAAGAGCCCAAAACCUACUACGAACUCAAAAGUCAGCCCCUGAAGAGCAGCAGUUCUGCGGAGCAUCCCGGGGCCUCCAAGCCUCCGAUAAGCUCGUCCAGUAUGACAUCACGCAUCUUGCUACGCCAGCAGCUCAUGCGUGAACAGAUGCAGGAGCAGGAGCGCAGAGAGCAGCAGCAAAAGCUGCAGGCGGCCCAGUUCCUGCAGCAGAGAGUGCCCGCGAGCCAGACACCAGCCAUCAACGUCAGCGCGCCCACAGCCCUUCCCUCUGCCACCCAGGUGCCCAUGGAAGUCCUCAAGGUGCAGACCCACCUCGAAAACCCCACCAAGUACCACAUACAGCAAGCGCAGCGGCAGCAGGUCAAGCAGUACCUUUCCACCACUUUAGCAAACAAACAUGCCAACCAAGUCCUGAGCUUGCCAUGUCCAAACCAGCCGGGCGAUCGCGUCAUGCCACCGGUGCCGGGGAGCAGCGCGCCCAACAGCCCCAUGGCCCUGCUCACGCUUAACUCCAACUGUGACAAAGAGGGGUUUUAUAAGUUUGAAGAGCAAAACAGGGUGGAGAGCGAGUGCCCCAGCAUGAACGCACACCCACGGGCUUCGUGCAUGCAGAUGGAUGAUGUCAUCGAUGACAUCAUCAGCCUGGAAUCAAGUUAUAACGAGGAAAUCCUGGGCUUGAUGGACCCCACCUUGCAGAUGGCAAACACGGUAUUGAUGGUCUUGGUUUUUUUUUGCUUAUCCACAGUGAUCCGAAAAAGCGCAGACUUCUUUAAAGCCCUCAUUUUAGAAAGCGUGAUCAAAACGAGAUGCCGUGUAGGUGCGUCGUGGUGCCCCGGAAAGUUCCAGUUUCUAACAACUUCAUUCACGUGCACAGCGUGUAUUUUCCCCACAGAGUCGGAAGCAAGAGCCCUGGCCAAGGAGAGGCAGAAGAAGGACAAUCACAACCUGAUUGAACGAAGAAGAAGAUUUAACAUAAACGACCGCAUUAAAGAACUAGGUACUUUGAUUCCCAAGUCAAAUGAUCCAGACAUGCGCUGGAACAAGGGAACCAUCCUGAAGGCAUCCGUGGACUACAUCCGGAAGCUGCAGCGGGAGCAGCAGCGCGCCAAGGAGCUGGAGAGCCGGCAGAAGAAGCUGGAGCACGCCAACCGGCACCUGCUGCUCCGAAUCCAGGAACUCGAGAUGCAGGCCCGGGCUCACGGACUCUCCCUCAUUCCAUCCACGGGUCUCUGCUCCCCGGAUCUGGUGAACCGGAUCAUCAAGCAAGAGCCGGUACUGGAGAACUGCAGCCAGGACCUCCUGCAGCACCAGGCAGAGCUGGCGUGCACCAGCCUGGACCUCACAGACGGCACCCUGGCCUUCAGCAGCAGCCUGGGGCCCACGGCCGAGGGCGCCCAGGCCUACAGCGUCCCCGCGAAGAUGGGGUCCAAGCUGGAAGACAUCCUGAUGGACGACACCCUCUCUCCCGCCGGGGUGACUGACCCACUCCUGUCCUCCGUGUCCCCAGGAGCCUCCAAGGCCAGCAGCCGGAGGAGCAGCAUGAGUAUGGAGGAGGCCGAGCUGGCGUGUUAGCGCACCUGCCCCUGCGUCCUCAGAGGCCCCCUCCCUGACUGGGACACGCAGCAUUCCCCGGAAGGGGUUUUCUUGAUAAUUUUCCUUCAAUAUGAAUUUUUUCCAUGCUUUAUUGAUAGCCC